AUGGGAGAUUAUGAUGAAGACACUGCAUUCCUCGGACAGACUGGUCCUUAUUUCUGGACCACAUUCUUUCUUCUAAACACAGUUUUUGUCUCAACUGGAUUCAAUGGACUUUACAUUGUCUUUGUCGGGGCAACUCCGGAACAUCACUGUCUCAUUCCAGACAUUAACUUGACUGAGGAGUGGACAAAGGCCAUCAUUCCUUUUACAAUAGUAGAUGGUGAGGAGGUGAUUAGCCAGUGCAGCAGGUAUAGGCUAGAUGUGGUGAGAAAUCUCUCAGCUGAAGGAUAUAUUCCUGGAAGGAAUGUCAACCUCACUAACCUGGAGCAGGAGGGAUGUUUAGAUGGCUGGAACUACAGCAAAGAGAUCUACCAAUCCAACAUAGUCACUGAGUGGGACCUCGUUUGUGAUGACCAGUGGAAAGUUCCCUUUGCAUCUUCAACUCUCUUUGUGGGAUACCUCUUUGGGUCUCUAAUCUCAGGCUAUCUUUCUGACAGGUUUGGGAGGAAGAAGGUUGUUUUCAUCUCUCUCGGGGCCCAGUGUGUCUCAGUCCUGCUUCAGUCCUUCUCUCGUUCAUGGAGGAUGUUCUGCAUCUUGUUCCUUUUUGUUGGAGCCUCCCAGAUAUCCAUUUAUAUUUCUGCAUUUGUACUAGGAACUGAGGUUUUGAGUAAAACUAUGCGAGUGCUCUUCACAACUCUCGGGGCCUUCCUUUUCUAUUGCAUUGGGUACAUGACGCUACCCUGGAUUGCAUACGGCAUCCGAGAAUGGAGGACUCUGCUUGCCGUUCUGUCCGCAACUGCUGUGGUCUACAUCCCACUGUGGUGGUUCAUCCCAGAGUCUCCUCGGUGGCUGAUCACUCAGGGAAGAGUGGAGGAGGCUGAGGCCAUCGUGAGGGAUGCUGCAAGGAAAAAUAAAGUUGAAGCGCCAACCAUAAUCUUUAAAGAAUCUGAGCUACAGGCAUUGUCUCCAAGCAGAACAUACAGCAUGCUUGAUGUCCUAAAAUCCAAGAACAUCAGAUGCAUCACACUGAUGUGUCUCGUUUUGUGGAUGGCAAUAAACAUUGGGUAUUUUGGAUUAUCCCUGAACACCUCCAACCUGAGUGGCGACCCCUUUAUGAACUGUUUUUUAUCAGCUACUACUGAGGUCCCUGCCUAUGUUGUUUCUACUUGGCUGCUAAGGAAAUGUCCAAGAAGAGCACUUCUGUCAUCGUUCCUCACCAUUGGAGGAGGAGUUCUUCUUCUAAUCCAGUUCAUUCCUGAUACCCUUCAGUAUGUUGCUCUGGCACUAGAAAUGACUGGAAAGUUUGGCUUCACCAUGGCCUUCAGCAUCGUCUACAUCUACACUGCUGAGAUUUACCCCACUGUACUCAGGAACGUUGGCAUGGGAAUGUGCUCCUCUGCUGCACGAAUUGGCAGUAUCACAGCACCUUAUGUCAUCUAUUUAGGUACUUAUAAUAAGGUGCUGCCUUAUAUUCUCAUGGGAAGUCUCACAAUUGCCUCCUCUGUGGUGAACUUCUUUCUUCCGGAGACCUUCAAUAGAGAUCUUCCAGAAACAGUGGAGCAGAUGCAAGAAUGUCAAGGGUUGUGUAAUGGACCCAAAAAGAGGAAAUAUGUAGAAAAUGAAGGAAGGAAGAACCCACCCAUACAACAUGAGGCCAAAUCUGAUAUCCAGGCUCUUACUCCAUAGUUUUUUUCAAUUGCCUUGCUUCACUUUUAAGAAAG